AUGUCCAAUCUCUUGAAGCGGAAAAACGACGACGAGUCGUCCACCGCCACCGACCAAUUAACCAAGCGAGUUGCUCUAGAUAGUGAGCAAUUGGAACUCACUGAAAAACAGGAGGAAACCGCCCACACCGCCCCGCAUAUCCAACGCCAGGCUGAUCUCUCCCUGGACGAGACUCCAUCCAAGUAUGAAAGCGACUCGCGUCCCAGCUCUCUGGAGCCGCCUGUCAGGGCCAAUGAUAACGCUCUUCCGAUCUCUAAGCCAGUAGUGGGUCCUAGAACUGACGAGGAGACUUCCACGGUAUCUGUCCGGAUGCUCUGCCCAGUGAAAGAGGCUGGAAUAAUCGUGGGUAAGAAAGGUGAUACCAUCUCUCAUAUUCGUGAGAAGGCCAAUGUGAGAGUUUACGUGAGUGAGAACCUUAAAAACGUUCCUGAACGAGUUGUUUCUGUCAAGGGUUCCUCGGAGAAUGUAGCUCGUGCCUUUGGGUUAAUUGCUCGUAUCAUUUUGGAGGAACCUGAGGACGAGCCAGCGUCCAUCAUGAGUAAACUGUACAAUUUGAAGCUUCUUGUUCCACAUCCAAUGGUUGGUUACAUCAUUGGGAAGUCGGGCUCGAAAUUCCGGGAAAUUGAGGAAAAUUCUGCUGCAAAACUCAAGGCUAGCGAACAGCCACUCCCGUACUCGACCGACAGAGUGCUAUCAGUCACCGGAGUGGGAGACGCUAUCCAUAUUGCCAUCUAUUAUAUCUCCCAGGUUAUGUUAGAGCACAGAGAUGUAUCCAAGAAACAUAAGAUCGUGCUCUACAACCCAGCAAACUUCCGUCAACAAAAUCCUGGGAACCCAAUGAUGAAUAUGCACAUGCCACCACAGCAAAACGCCAUGCCAUACAUGGGAGGAAAUCCCAUGGCAAUGCAAGGAAUGGAUGGUGGUAUGAAAGACAAUGGCUACCAACAGGUGGCCAAACCCUAUGACUUCCUGAUGAUGUUUCAGCCGUCAAUCAGACCACAAUACAAUUCUCCGCAGACUAUGGCGCCUCCUCUAAUUCACAUGGCUGGCUCUCAGAGUCUGUACACUGAUGAGCACGGAAAUACCAUCGUGGGUGAUGUCAUCACUCAAAUGCCAACACAGGUAAGUACUACUCCAGAGAAAUUCACCGAGGACAUAUUCGUUGCUAACUCCAAUAUCGGUUCUGUCAUUGGAAAGGGUGGUAAUAACAUCAAGCAGAUCCGUGAAAGUAGCGGAUGCUCAUACGUGAAGAUUGAACCUGACCAAAACCAAUCUAUAUUGCUUGGUGGAGGAAAGGGGUUGACUAAUGUCCGGAAGCUCACGUUGACGGGCACAUACAGCUCCAUCCAGAACGCUAUUUUCCUCAUCAACCAGAGAAUAAGUGCUGAUAAGGAGAGAAAUGGAAUACAAUAA